UCGGACAUUCGAGGACCUUCAAGGACCCACUCCUGUCUACAAUCUCAUAAAGCACUCUUUGUAUAUUUCAUGCCCGCCGACCUUGGAAAGUCUUGUUGAACUCAAGCUUUCAACGACCUCUCUUUGGAACGCGAUCUUUGUUAUUAUCAUCAGGGCCGGUGCCACGACCCCAACUUUUUAUCUGUCUUUAUACAGGACUGUGCUGGAACGGCAUAGCAACUCGUUCCCCUUCAGGUGAACUUUUACAGGGGGAUCCUUAAGAGUCGCCACUGGCACGCAGAUUCAGCACGUCAGCCGCAUGCCCAUCCUUUUUUGUUUAAAUAACUCGAUCUCUUGCAUUUCCCAACGUACCAUUUCUCUAUCUUUCCACCAUGCCAAAGCGUAUCCCCACCCCUCCUCCUGGAGACGAUGAACCUCGCUACCUCACUGUCGUUCAUCCUUACGUCCUUGACGGUCAUUGCAACAUGGAGUUGCCCAAGGAUAGACAGGAUUUUGCGCGUUGGGUAGCAUGCUGCAUCGAUGCUAAGUACUUUUACGCGUUUUUUCACAAGCCCAGUGCACGCGACAUGGUUAUCAUCGAGAUAGCUCGUGAAUGCCCAGAACUCGAUCGCUUACUCGGCGAGCAUCGCUGGAGGGAGUUCCUGAAGAAGUCGUCCAAACAAGAACAGGAUCAAGUCUCGAAGGUAUUUUAUUGCACUUAUAGCACUGGAAGACAGGUGCAGAAGAAUGGCUGGAAGCGUAUCUAUGUCGAAGACGCUUGGUUUAAAAUGUGGUCGCCGAACAAUCAUUUCAUCACUUUCCCAUACCCUGAAACCCAUUUUUGUGAAGUGCCGAUCGAGGAUCAGACCAAUCAUCCCAUGUGUAGGCCCCUUCCGGGCGCCGUAAAGCGCCCUCCCCCUGAGGCGCUGAUGGCUCCUCCACCAGGUAAGCGUGCGGUUCUUUUGCCUCCUGCUGUGUUUCCUAUCAAUACCCUUGCUACAGUCGUCGGUUCCCAACAAUGGACCACCGACAAACAGGUUCCUGCUCCCAUUGCGAGGGCGUGGACCAAAGGCGCCCCGAAGUUCACAGCACCAGUUGGCAACGCAUGGAAGGCUGCUAUCGCUACUUCCUCUCCGCCCAUCCCUGGGCUCAAGAAGCAGCCCGCAGUUGGCGGCGGACCUAUCGCAGUGAAAGCAUCUGAUGUUUGGGUCGGCCUUUCUGCGCCCUCAGGACUUGGACCGAACGGGUGGUCAGACUCCCCCACUGGAUCUGGAAGGAAUACUCCUCCAAGCGGGGCCCCCUCUCCUUUACCCAGAACAAUAUCUAAUCAAUCCCCCACCAUCCCUCCCGGUCUGAGUGGUCCGAAAGCUUGGAAUGAUGGAACAUCCUACCCUACUCAUCCUCCUGGAAUUCCGGCAGUACCCAACGCAUGGGGCGCUCCUCGCAUUGCGACGGCGCCUAGCCUCGAUCGCGAUAACACAAGUAUCGCUAGCUGGAGCUCUAACGGAGGGUCUUCCAAUGCCAGCACCGAUAUCGUACUUACUCCUGAGGACUGUCCAUACAGGGUUCAAGUCCAAAUCUCGGACAGCAUGGAACGAGCACUGGACGGGUUGUCAGUACAUGACGGUGAUAUGGAUCCCGAUCUUGCUGAGCUGGACUCGAUCGCACCCGGGAGGUGGGAUGAGCCCGCGAGUACUGAAGUCUGGCCUACUGCGGAUGGGGCUACUUGGGACGAUGCUCCUGCAGAUGCCGAGACGCAGUGGAGAGAGCUGAACGAUGACAAGGAGCAGGAGAAGCCGAUUAUAUGCAACGCCCAUGGAAUCAUCUGCAGGAAGGGAAUCUGCAGUGAGUACGCGAAGCAGGUUCGCGACGCGGAGAGAGCACAGAAGGAUACAACUUCGAACAACAAGAAGGGUAAAGGCAGAGGCAGAGGCAGGGAGUAUGGCAGAGGCGGGGGAGAAGGAGGGGGAAGGGGAGGUGGAGGUGGAGGCACCGAUCGUGGUGGACCUCCUAAUAAUGCAUUCCGAGGUCGCGGUGCGCCCGUGAAGUCAAACUGGCGAAGCGCUCCUAGGGCCAUCGUAUCCGCCGCUGCCAUGGAGCGCCGGGAGAGCCUCAAUGAAGCGGAAUCCGUCGCAGCUGAAACUGCGAAUGGAUGGGGAAAUCCGUCAAAUGCCUCGUGGAAUGCGGGCGAAGUUGUGCCUGAAGAGGCGGAGCCUGCAGGAAAUGGCGCGCCUGAGCCGUCCAAUGACGGUUGGGGCCAAUCUGAAGCUAGCUUUGACCCUUGGCUUACGGAGCCCAAGCCCAAGCCUCAGCAGAAGCCCGCGCCCCAAUCUCAGCAAAGGCCAAGACUUCAGACCCAGCAGAGGCCCCAGUCGCAGUGGAAGUCUCAGCCCCAGGCUCAGUCCCAGUCCCAGUCUCAGUGGAGGCCGCAGCAGAAGUUCCAACCGCAGCAGAAGUUCCAACCGCAGCAGAAGCUCCAAUCACAGCAGAAGUUCCCACCGCAGCAGAAAGCCCAGGCGAACACCAACACCAACAACGCCUGGGUCAAGCAGAGGCCUUCCACUUCUUGGGCAGAUGAGGUGGAUGCCCAUAGCGCUGCUGGAUACCCUGACGAGGAUGGGUUCUCCACCGCCAGUAGCAAGCGUGGUGGGCGGGCCCCGGUGAAGGCUCCCAAGAGCUCUACCAGCGGGUGGGGUACUGUCGACGAGAAGCCCUGGUAAGCGUAUUGAACGAAUACAAUCGCAGGGUCGCCCCGCCUCCAUAUUUGUAUUUCUACCUGAAGCUCCAUUCCUUGUACUACCAUUCCCUGGGCGAUAUGUACCAUACCCUGAUGAAUUUUCAUACCUACGUACUUCAGAAUCAUUUUUCGUUUUACCGCUUGUACAUCCAAUCAGCACCUACGAUCAUUGUCAUGUACUAUUGUGUUGCAUACUUCAAAGCCUCAUGCACAUGAUUGCUCUGUGAAAUGCAUAUUGUUGUACUUUCGAGACAGACUUGUUUUAUGAUCAGCGCUUAUUCAAUAACAUUCAUGCAUGCAUCGUUC